GCAUUGGCGAUAUCACCACCCACAUAGAUGUUUGGCACCGGUGUCAUUAAAUUCAUGUCCGUAUCAAUUGUGCCAUCAGCAUUUAUCGAUUUUAGAUGAGUAUCAAAGUAUUAGUGAUGGGCACCGCAAGCAGCUUCGGUUGGAACUGAAUUAACACAAAGUCAUUACUUAAAAAAAAAAAAUUUAAUUUCUGUCAAGUCAAGUCCAAACCUUAGUUAAUAAUGCUAUGUUUUUUCUUUUUAAAAAUAAAAUAAUUUACUUGCAAAAAACAUAUUCUUAAUUGCCAAAUUUUUAUGUUUCUGUCUACACCUAACCCCUAAUAUUAUUAAAUGCUAUACUCACCGAUUUUAUUUUGCCUACUAUAGAGGACACAAAUUCCAAAUUAAUGAAACCGCCUCCUACACAUACUAAAUUAGUUUUUGGUUUUAACACAUGCAUUAUUGUUUGGAGAUCUUUAUAGUCAUGUAUGGAGAAGACAUUUCUUAAAUCAGUACCGUUAAUACCCAAUCUACUUGGCUUCGAACCAGUCGCAAUGAAAAGUUUAUCAUAUAUAAUUAGUUCUUCAUUGGAACAGCUAAUUGUUCUCAUGGCUGUAUCCAAAUUAGUUGCAUCCACACCCAAUAUAAGCUCAAUAUUAUUUCGCUGAUAAAAAUCGGUAUCGCGAAAAUGCAAAUCAGCUAUAUCUAUUUGCCAUGCUUUUGAUAGUGGUGUACGGUCGUAAGGUAAAGUAUCUUCCCGACACAAUAUUAUUAUGCGUCCUGUGUAGCCCUCUUGACGUAAUGUUUCAGCGCAUGUAGCUGUUGCAAUUCCACCGCCUACCAACAGAAAUAUACGUUCGUCAGCUUUAUUGUGUUCCACCAUCUCUUUUGUGCGCCGUAUCUUAUUAAGAUCUUUGAUUCUCGCACGCACUUUCACUUCGCCGUUUGUAGUUAUUUCAACAGGAUAUGUUGGUAAUGAAUCUAAACCCGGAAAAUCCUCUAUAUCGCCAGUUCUGAUAUUAUAACAAGAACCAUGACGUGAGCAUCGAAUACGUCCAUGUCCUAAUACGCCUCUAACCAAAGGCGCCCCUUGAUGUGGACACGUCGCUCCGAUGGCCCAGAUUCGAUCGUUUUGACGUAUUAACAACAACUUAUUGUUUUCGUCAAAGUUGUACUCCUUAACUUCGUCAUUAUUAAUAUCCGAUUCAUUGCAAAUUGAAACAAAAUCAGUGAAUUCAGACAUUGUUUGGCGUAAAAUCUUUUCAAUUAAAGAAAUAUUUUUCGAUUUUUUGGUGCUGUCAAAUAAGGUAUGUUAUUUUAAAUUUGAAAAUCAACUCUUGACAUUUUCAGUUUAUAGGAAAUUUAGUUCAGGAUGAUACCGUGAUUCAAUAAUAUAGGGUUGUGUCGAUAGUCCAAAAACAACAAUUAGUCAAAAGUGAUUCAAAAAUAGAUUUUUCAAAAAAACUAUACAAAAAAGUUGAUUUAACAGUAACACAACCUGUAUACCAUAUAAUUGUAUCAUUUGUGUUACUUUUCUUACACAAUCAAAACAGCUUUAUUAAAAUCUCCAUUAUUACUAAUUAAUUUUGAUUCAUACCAUGCACAUUACCCAAAAAUUAACGAAAGCUUUUUUGUAAAAUAAUGUGAAUGAACUGAUUUCAAUUAAAGGCUUACAACUUCCUUUAUUGCACUUCCGUUAUUAUUGCGAAUUAUUGCUCAAUAACGCAUGCAACCCUACAAUUUGCCGUCAUUUGUUCCAUUUGGAUUUCGCCGCAGUUCUGUUAGAUUUUGUUUUAAUUCAUUCGGUCGAAAAUCGACUUUCGCACUGUUUCGAACCUGUCGCAUUUUAUAUUUUACUCGACGGACGCGAGUACAAUUUAUAUUAGUAAAAAAAUAUUGUAAAACACUAUUAACAAUGCCUGCUAAAGCUGUUAGUGUAAUCAACGGUGAUGUCAAAGGUACCGUUUACUUUGAGCAGAAGGAUGAGUCUUCACCCGUAACAGUGACUGGUGAAGUUUCUGGACUUUCUAAGGGUCUUCAUGGCUUCCAUGUACAUGAAUUUGGUGAUAACACUAACGGCUGCACCUCAGCUGGACCACAUUUUAAUCCUGCUGGCAAGGAACAUGGUGCGCCAACCGAUGAAAAUCGUCAUUUGGGUGAUUUGGGCAAUAUUGAAGCCAGUGGUGCUGGACCAACCAAGGUCAAUAUCAGCGAUAAAUUAAUAACAUUGUUCGGAGCAAAUAGCAUUGUUGGACGUACUGUUGUUGUGCAUGCUGAUCCCGAUGAUUUGGGCAAAGGUGGCCACGAAUUGAGCAAAUCGACUGGCAACGCUGGUGCACGUCUUGGUUGUGGUGUGAUCGGAAUUUGCAAGAACUAAGUUUGCUUAAGUUGGAAUUGUGUAGGCAGGAUAAAACCAUGUAAUUCCAUUAAACAUAUGGAAUAUAUAGUAUAUACAUAUGAACAUAUUUAAAUACAUAUGUUUUAAAAUAUUAUAUAUCGUAACAAAAUUAACUGAUUUCUAACUGCAUAAGAUAACUUAAAGUUAUCACUUACUUUUGGGUAUAAUUAGCAUCUAUAACGUUACAAAUAAAAUAUAUGUGGUGAAUUGGAAAA